AUGGGAAACUUUAUGCGAAUUCUCUCACCAUGUUUUCACAUCAAAGCAUUUGUACCCACAGAUUUCCUCCUUCGACCCAAAAGCUUCUCUUCUCAGCCACCUCUAAGGGCGAAAAUAUCAAAAACCACUGUCGCGCCGCAGCGCUACCCGACCCCGCGAACAUUACGUCACUCGACGGGGCAAAAUCUUUCCACGCUCUCGUCACCACAUGGGCUCGUUCCCAAUCAAGAACUCGUUUUUCUUCACAACAGUAUCAUCUCCAAACACGCAUCCCUCGGCGAGAUCGAUAUGGCUCGCAAGAUGUCCGAUGGAAUGCCGAAAACAAACGCCGUCUCCUAUAAUACCAUGUUAGGCUGCUACGGUCGGGCCAGGUUCAUACACGAAAAUCUCGAACUGUUCUCCGCAAUGUGGAAAUGCAAUUUCGAGCCCACGCAGUUCACUUUUGGUGGUCUUUUCGAGGGAGGGAAACAUUGUGAGGGUGACGUUGGAAAGGCCCGCAGUUCUGGCUCCGGUGCUGCCGGUGGCUGUAUCGUCGGUGAAUGA